AUGAGCGAGGAUCAUCAAGGGCAGCUUGUGACGUGCCUUGCGUGGAAUAACGAAGGCACCAACCUGGCGGUUGGCAUGCCGCAUGGUUUUAUCAUCUACAGCACCGAGUUACUGCUGGCUGAUGAGGGAUGGCUCUGCGAGGUUCUUCGGCGGCCCGUUUUGGGUGGCGUUGGCAUCAUUGCACUACAUGGGCAAAGCAAUGUGUUGGUGGUGGCCGGUUGGUCAGUAAGUCACUGUGCAACUGUGACGCUGCUGGAUCUCACCGUGAGGGACGCGCGGGGGGAGGAGUUGUCAGUGCCGGCGCGUGUGACACUGUCAUCUCCGGUGGAGGCGCUGCGCUUUCACCCCCGUCUCGUGGUGAUCGGUGAGAAGAGUGGCUGUGUGCACUUUUUUGACCACCAGCUGCGCAAGAUUGAGUCGUUCCGUGUCUCUCAUAAGGCGAGGCAGACGCGCCGGGCUGCCGAUACAAUGGCGUUGGCUACCAUGCUGGUGGAGCAGCUAGCGAGUGGCAUGUGUUUCUCACUGCUUCAUGGAGUAAUUCUCGGGCCAACUCCUGGUACGGUGCGCUGUAUUCGCUACGUAAGCGAGCAGCGCAUCAAGCCGAACGUGAUGCCACACUCUCUUGUGGGUAUCAUGGAUGAGGCGCCCAUACAGCCGCUCAUGGAAAAGACCGUGGAGCUCCAUCACAAUGAAGUGCAGUGCAUCGCGAUCACUCCCGAUGGUGUACGCGCGCUCACAGUGAGUGAACGCGGCACAUCACUGAAACUGCUGGAUGUGGAAAAGGGUGUCGUCCUCUGUCAGUUCUCCCGGGGCACGACGCCCAACACGGUGCACACGCUGUCGCUCAUCGUGACAUCGACAGAUACCGUGGCCACCUGUAUUUCAGACACAGGAACCCUUCACCUCUUUCACAUCCCAGCUUCGGGUAUUUCGGGUCGUCAGGUCACCGCGGCCGCUAACACAUCAGAAACAGUGGUUGGCAGUAAACUUGUGCGAGCGUGGAAAGACUAUAUAGGUAGCAUAGGUCCCAAAUCGCGUCUCUCGGUUCCUGAUGAUGGUCUAGAGAAUGAUCUUAGUGAGCAGCAGACCUAUAGUAGGACGCUUUACAACGUGGUACUUCGCCCCAUCGCGAAAAAGGCUUCAUGUGUGGCCCAUCUCAUUCAACGCGACGUUUCAUUGACAGGAGUGGCGAUGAAGGCUCGAAUGCUUAACAUUCAUGUGGAUUUGUCAGCGGUAGCGGAGGGUAUGAUGGUGACGCGCAGUUUUUACUUCCCAAGGGAGGAACUGUAG